GAGAAACAAGACCACAAUCCUUUUGAAUUAGCGCACGUCCAAACUGAAACUGAAUCUUGGCUUCAACGUCUCCAUCACUUAAAGUCCAUAAGUCUUGAUACCACUGUGAAUUGGGAACUUUUGUGUUCAACUCAGUUAUUAGUUUCAAAACUGAAAAAGUCAGAAGCUUUUUACAAAAUACACUGAACAUUCAAUAUAUCUUUAAAUUUACCAAUUGAGAUUUGUGUUCGCAUUGCUUUACGGAGUAUUUACGAAUCUCAGCCUUUAUCUACGUGAUGCUGAGUUCAAACUUGUCUAUUGGAAGCCAGUCAUUUCAUGGGGUUUCUUCGGUCUCAAGGUUUGGUGAGGUGUCUCCAUAUCACCAGAAUCCACCACUUUCUGUAUAUCCACGUUCGUUAUUGGAACAUGUUGUUAGCCUUGAUAUCGACCAUCAACCUGCAUGUGUCCGAAAUACUGGUAUAAUAUGCACCAUCGGUCCUGCUUGUCGUACCGUUGAGAUGCUACAAAAUAUGAUAACAUCUGGAAUGAAUAUUGCUCGUCUCAAUUUCUCUCACGGCUCACACGAAUAUCAUGCGGAAACCAUUAAGUUGAUCCGAGAAGCUGCCUCAACUUUAAAACCGUUUCCUCGACCAAUAGGGAUUGCUUUGGACACCAAGGGGCCUGAAAUUCGUACUGGUCUCAUUAAUGGGAGUGGGACUGCUGAAGUCAGUCUUGAAGUUGGUCAUAAAAUCCGUGUAACCACUGAUUCUGCAUACAUGGAAAAGUGUAAUGAGUCUAUUCUGUACGUGGACUACCGAAAUAUUGUACAUGUUCUGUCUAAAGGAUCAAAGAUUUUCGUUGAUGAUGGUUUACUAAGCUUAGUGGUUUUGGAUAAAGGUCCUGAUUACCUUGAAUGCGAAGUUGAAAAUGGUGGAAAGCUUGGGUCUCGUAAAGGAGUUAAUCUCCCAGGGGCCCAUGUCGAUUUACCUGCAGUAUCAGAGAAAGACAAACAAGAUCUUCGUUUUGCAGUCGAGCAUAACGUUGACAUGGUGUUUGCUUCUUUCAUUCGGAAUGCUGAUGCUGUACACCAGAUCCGUCAACUUCUCGGUGAUAAUGGUGCCUACAUUAAGAUCAUCGCUAAAAUCGAAAAUCAUGAAGGCGUCCAACGAUUCAAUGAAAUCCUUGACGUUGUUGAUGGAAUUAUGGUUGCUCGUGGUGAUCUAGGGAUAGAAAUCCCUGCUGAAAAGGUUUUCAUAGCGCAAAAGAUGAUGAUUGGUCGCUGCAAUCAGGUUGGCAAACCUGUGAUAUGUGCCACACAAAUGUUGGAGUCAAUGACUACUAAGCCUCGUCCAACACGCGCUGAAUCAAGUGACGUUGCUAAUGCAGUGCUUGAUGGUGCAGACUGUGUUAUGCUUUCAGGGGAAACAGCCAAAGGAUUAUAUCCAUUAGAGACUGUACAAACUAUGCACCGUAUAUGUAUACAAGCUGAGGCAGCAAUGUUUCAUGGACAAUUAUUUGAAGAUUUGAAAUCUUCUUUAUAUGGUCCAACUGAAAUGGCUCACACCACUGCAAUUGCUGCAGUAGAAGCUGCUAGUCGUUGUAAUGCUGCCGCUAUCAUUGUGAUUACAACAUCUGGCCGAUCAUGCCAACUGAUCUCACGUCAUAGACCUCGUUGCCCGAUUCUCACUGUGACACGUCAUGAAGUUAUUGCUCGUCAAAUUCACCUUUAUCGUGGUGUCCAUCCUAUCUAUUAUGGCGGUAAGUUGUAUAUAAACAAUCAGAAACAUUUUAUUAUAAUUAUCAAAUAUUCAACUAAAUUUAUUGUGUGUAAUGUAAUGUAUUUUACAGAAUCACGAGCUGGAGAAUGGUAUGAAGAUAUGGACCGUAGAAUUCGUUAUGCUCUUGAUUAUGGUAAAAAGCGUUCAUUUUUCUCGCCUGGGUGCUUCGUAAUAAUCGUAACUGGUUGGAAAGCUGGCUCCGGUUCUACAAACACACUUCGUGUUGUCAAACUAGAAGAUGCAGAAACUAAGCCAAUAGUUAUGGUGCCAAGUAUUACACACUUUGAUGAUUAGGUUUACUUAUACAAUAGAUUAUUCAAAUGAUCGGACUUAAUCACAAACACUGUCAGUUCUUUUAGCUUCAUCUUAUAUACUUCAGUGUAGCCAUGUUUUAUUCCUUACCUUCUUAAUCACAGAAAUUUUCGUCAUUUAUAUUAACAUAUGUAACCUUCCAGCUGAAAUUCGUUUAUUCAACUAUGAUUGUUUAAAUAUUUUGUGGAAGCAUCACUUAACACAUGUGUAAGUGUGUAGUCGUCUUUUUUAGUGUACCUAUGAUCGUACUUCCUUACUUUCCUCUUUUCACACAGACAACUUAGAAGUGUGUCUAAAAAUCUAUAAAAUAACAUUUUCUUUAUUUUUGUCAAAUCAAGUCAUUGGUUAAUCAUUUUCCUGCAUGUGUACGUCAUAUUAAAAUAACUGUACGCAAUAUACUUUCCAGAUAAUUUCCUACACUUUUUAUUUGUUACGAAACAAUAUUUUUGCCUGAUAAUCUCCGCGUAUCAAAAAUGUUGUUUAAAGGCAAUAAAUUUCACUAAAACUAGUCAAUCUCUAGUUAAAAGGUAGCUGAGGUAAGUAGCAUGAGUCCUAACCAUCCUACAAUAUUUAGGUUUGUGAUCUCAUCAGCUGACCAAUCUCUUCAAUUCCUUAUGUGGUUUCAAAAUAGUUCAGUCAGUUAUUAAUCUAUGAGAGUGGUUUUCUACAGGUAUCACUUAGCAAAUAUUCACAACUUUCUUUUCUUUAUUUACAUGUUUGCUGAACUUCUGAUAUAAGGUAGUGAAUUGAGCCGAUGCACAACUUAUUCGAAGCUCUACAUUGCAUAUGUUUGACUCCUGAUGUUACUCAACUAUUUUCGUUCGUCCAAGCGUUUGGCUAGUAUUACUGGUCACUAAUGUUUACUCAUGAGUGCCUUGAUCAUCGCUAAGGGUCAUCAAUGUACAAACUCCUGAUUGUUUUGUUUCAGCUCCGUGCACGCUACUAAAAUCCAUUAAGAUGAUUAAAGGCUUGGUCGCUCAGUUGUCAUCCCUCUUUUGUCUAGUUUUCUUGUUUACCAUAUAAGGAAUUAUUGACCUCGGUGUUUUUUUAUAUCUGGAUUCUCGGAGUCGACUACAAUGUUUAAAAUUAAUGGGACCAGUUAUUUAGCCGUUUUAAGAUUCUUAACACAAAAUAGCCCUACUGGAUCAACAAAGUAUGAAAAUUGUCAAUCUCAAAUGCAAGCUGUAAAGGCUUCUAUUUUCGUUCCAUGUAAAAAUUUUGUUACUUGUAGUCAAUGUUUGUCCUUUCUGGGGUACAUCUUUUCUAAGGGCAAUUUUCAUUCCGUGUUGACGUAGUACAUAGGUUACGCUCAAGUCACUAAGAGUACUAGAGUAUAUUCCAAUACUAAGUAAAUUAUAAUAGACAGUGAUGGUCUGGGAGAUCACCAUUACUCGGGUGAAAUUGUCAACCUCAAACCUUUCAACUAUCAACCAACCACUUUAUCCAUUUAUAUUGACUACAUGAGCCGUAGCCCGUCAUUGAUAAUGCAUUUGACAUUGGAUCUUUCAUAAUGAGUCUAAUUACCUUUAAAGCUCAAUUUCUUAAUUUUCUUUCCCUGUGUUGAUAUGAUAUGUGGGGACUUCGGUGAAUCCACAUUCGUGCCACGUUCUCCAUUUGUCCGUACCUGAUUUUUUGACCACAAUAUUCCAAGUCAGAAAAAUACAACUUACCACUGAGUCAUUCUUCCUACGUUGUUUCAGCUUAGCAACAGACGCGGAAUUCCUAACGAUCACACAGCUGCUUUUCGCUACCAUAAUUUCUUGUCCUAAACUAUAUCUAUUCAUUCGUCCACCAAUGAUAUUGCUUUUCUGCAUCCAUCAAUGGUUAACAGGUUUGUCAUUUGGAUAUAGCAAUCAUUUGACAAAGAAUAGACGAAAUACAAGCCAGUUGGAAUUACAUUGCCUCCUACCUGAUUUUUACUGGUCUACAUUUACUUACCAUGUAUUUGUAUCUUGGAAAAUUUUCUCUAUUCUUACUGUUUUCCAGUAUGUAAGAUACCUAGUACAUUGUAGGAAAAUUUACCCCAAAUCAUAGCUGUGCACAGUACUCUAUAAUUAAAUCAUAAACCAAUUGUCCAUUGCCAGUGAUACGUGAAUUCUUUCUCAGAAUGAAUAUUUUUGGAGGUGUUGCGUUCUAUAAGCACAAUG